AUGAAUGGGUUCCCAAACUGCUCUGCCAACCACACCAAGAUCUGGAGUCACUACUUGGUGCUGGCCCUGGGUAUCCCCCAGCUGACCAUCAACGUCGUCUCCAUCAUCUUCAACUGCACCGUCAUCUUCACCCGCCUGGCCACCAGGGACCUGCACAAGCCCAUCUCCAUCCUCUUCUGCAACCUGGCUAUAUCUGACCUCUUCACCAGCUUCUCUGGCUUCUGGAUUUCCAUGCUGUUCAUCACCAACCCCGACAUCACCAUCUUUGGCUCCCAGGAAAUGCUGGCUCCCUACUCCCUGUACACCACGUCCAUCCUGUCCACCAUCUACAACCUCGUGAGCAUCGGCAUCGAGCGCUACCUGGCUGUGGCCGAGAGCAUGAGGACGAGGUUCAGGGUGGCCAGGAACCACUCCAUCGCCGUGGUCUUCAUCAACUGGGUCCUGGCUUUCUUCCUGGGCUGCCUGCCCCUGAUGGGCUGGAACUGCCUGCACGGGGAGAGCAACGUCUCGGUGCUCUACAGCCCCUUCUGCGUCAACUACCUCGUCUUCAUCGCCAUGCCCAACGUGGCCGUGGCCUUCCUCGUGCCCCUCUUCACCUACCUGAGGAUCAUCAUCAUCCUGAGGAAGAGGAAGCUGAGGAUGCAGGCGUGUGGCCAAGCCACGGACACCUACAAGUCGGCAGAGACGCAAGUGGCCAGGACCAGCAUCUCCAUCUGGCUGCUGGCCCUGGUGUCCUACGCGCCGUUCCUGGCCGGCGUCAUCUUCGACGCGGCCAACCAGCGCUGCCACAGCGAGCUGUACCCCGGGGUGUACAUCUUCAGGAACUGCACGGCCAUGCUGAUCACCAUCACCUGCCUGGGCAACCCCGUGCUCUACACGCUGAAGCUCAGGGCGCUGGGGGCCCGGCUGAAGGCGCUGCGCGGCCUCUGGGCCUCCCGCGUGCGGGCCUGCGCCAUCGGCCACGUCUGA